GUUCAGUUGCUUGCUAUGGCACGGCCCUUGCUGCUGACCUGCUUCGGAACUUACGAGGCGCGACUGGAAGCCUCCGUCCUCAGCUCUUUGCAGGCACAAUAUGUGCCGCACAAGCACGGAGGCUUCGGUCACGUCCUGGAGGCCGACAAGCCAUUGAGCAUCUGCAAUGCGAUGUUCACAUGGGUCUCUGGGAGCUCCAUACCUGCGACGCUGCUGUUGACUGACGUAAGAAGCUACGUUGAGAAGCAGCUGGAAGCUUCCCAGCUCCUGUUGUUUUUGAAGGAGCUGCGGAGCCACAUCCGGAUUCUGCAAGACCCUGAUGGGUCAGCCCAUGCCGGCUGGGCCGAGAUGUAUGAUGGCAGGUUCAUCCCCGCCAUCAAGCAGGCCCUGGAGGAAGAUGAUGAUGACAGGGGGGGUGUCCAGCAGAUCAUUCGCUGCACCAUGAAGACCAUUGCCUCCGCCUGCGCCGUGCCCACAGCUGCGCGCCUCUUCCUGUACCUAAGUGGGUCGGAUCUGCUGCGAAGCUUCCGGAGUUGGGCUGAGACGGCUCCCUGGACUUCGCACGCGUGGAUGCGAGAAGAGACGCUGGAGUGGGUGAGCGAAACUGGGCGUCUGCUGGAGCAGAGUGCGCGACUGGGCCGCUGUCAGAACAUGGAGCAGAUCUCUGAAGAUCAGCCCGUGUACCCCUUCUCUGCAUCUUUGCAAGUUCGGCACAGCGACUGCACCCUCUUCGAGCAGCCAAGCUUCGACGGUGGGGAGGUCGCCAAAGUCGGCCGAGGCCAUCCACUCCAAGCAGAUGCACACAAGGGCCUUUGGAUCCGCGUGUCCCACAAAUCCAGAGCCUGUUGGUUACACGGCUACACCCAGGAGGGCCACGUCUGCGACAUCACAUACUGGGACGUGAAAGCGUGGGCCGGACGAUGGAAAGAAAAGCAGAGUCCAUCCCCAUGA